AUGGAAAAAAUUAUAGAGCCAUAUUUUGCUGCUCAACGUAGCGGAAAUUUAUCCGUUGUUGAUACGGUACCAGCUGAUAUGUUAUAUUUAGUUGAUAAUUAUUGGAAUCAAUUUCCGCCGAUGAAUCCAUUAUGGCAUGGUAUAUUAGGUUUUUUUAUGACAAUUUUCGGUAUAAUAUCAUUGACAGGUAAUUUCAUUGUUAUUAUAAUAUUCACAUCGGAGAAAUCCUUAAGGACACCAUCAAAUAUGUUUGUUAUAAGUUUGGCUGUAUCUGAUUUUAUGAUGAUGUUAACAAUGUUCCCGGCAAUGGUAUAUAAUUGUUAUUAUGAAACAUGGGUAUUAGGACCAUUAAUGUGUGAAAUAUAUGGUAUGUGCGGUUCAUUAUUUGGUUGUAUAUCGAUAUGGUCAAUGACAAUGAUUGCAUUCGAUCGUUAUAAUGUUAUUGUAAAAGGUAUAACUGGUAAACGUUUAACUGUUGGUCGUGCCGUUUUCUAUGUUGCACUUGUAUGGAUUGUAUCAACAAUAUGGACAUUAUUACCAUUAUUUGGUUGGAAUCGUUAUGUACCAGAGGGUAAUAUGACAGCAUGCGGAACAGAUUAUUUAACACAAACUUGGUUAAGUCGUUCAUAUAUCGUAGUCUAUGGUUCAUGGGUAUAUUUUACACCAUUAUUUUCAAUAAUAUUCUCAUAUUAUUUUAUUAUAAAGGCUGUUGCUGAACAUGAAAGAACAAUGAGAGAACAAGCUAAAAAAAUGAAUGUUGCUUCAUUGAGAUCAACCGAAAAUGAGAGUAAAUCAAUUGAAGCGAAAUUAGCUAAAAUUGCACUUGUAACCAUUUCAUUAUGGUUCUUUGCAUGGACACCAUAUUUAAUAAUUAAUUUUAGUGGAAUUUUCCAAACAGCUAAAUUAACACCAUUAGCAACAAUAUGGGGUUCAGUUUUCGCUAAAUGUAAUGCAAUGUACAAUCCUAUUGUCUAUGGAAUAAGUCAUCCAAAGUAUAGAGAAGCUCUGUAUAAGAAAUUCCCAAUAUUAGAUUGUGCUGGUUCAGAUCAGGGUAAAGAUAUUGUUUCAGAGAAAACAGAAGCCACGGUAUUACAAACAACAACAACUUAA